GAUACUAAUUUGAAGAGUUUUAACGCAAAGGCAAAGCCAAAGCCAAGAACAGAGUUCUGUGCUCUGUUUCUUCCCUCCUUCUGAAUUUGUAGAUAGAGAGAGAGAGAGAGAGUUUGCGGAUGCAAGUUGAAACUACAGCUCUUGGGGGCUUCGAUUUGCAGUCGGAACCCUCGUGCACGUUCUCUACGACCUGUUCUCAAGAAUAUGACAACCCUGGAUGGGCUCUUCGUUCGAAUUCCAACCUAGACUUGACUGCUAUGGAGGAUUCUCUUGAGAACAAGAGCUCUAGAACGUCCUCCAUUGUGUAUCCUGACUCAGAGUCGAACUCAGUAGGUUCGCCGGAUACCGUCAAUGGUUUUGGGGAUCCGAGCUCUAAGUUGACGGCAGCAGUGAAGGUGCAGAAAAUCUACAGGAGUUACCGCACCCGGCGUAGGUUAGCGGAUACUGCCGUGGUCGCCGAAGAGCUUUGGUGGCAAGCGAUCGACUUCGCUCGUUUGAAUCAUAGUACGAUUUCAUUCUUCAAUUUCUCGAAACCAGAAACAGCAGCUGCUCGAUGGAAUCGUAUCAGACUGAAUGCUUCAAAGGUUGGGAAGGGUUUAUCCAAAGACGCCAAUGCCCAGAAAUUAGCUUUUCAACACUGGAUUGAAGCUAUUGAUCCGCGACACCGUUAUGGGCAUAAUUUGCACAUAUAUUAUGAAGAAUGGUGUAAAUCACAUGGUGGCCAGCCAUUCUUCUACUGGUUGGACAUUGGAGAAGGGAAAGAGGUUGAUCUUAAAAAGUGCUCGAGGUCUAAGCUUAAACAGCAAUGCAUUAAAUAUCUUGGACCUCAAGAGAGAGAGCACUAUGAGUACAUCAUAAUUGAGGGAAAAGUCAUACACAAACAAACUGAACAGCUUCUUAAUACAUGUGAAGGGGGGAAAUGGAUUUUCGUUAUGAGUACUUCUAAGAAAUUCUAUGCUGGUGAGAAAAAAAAGGGGUCUUUUCAUCAUUCAAGCUUCUUAGCAGGAGGGGCUACUUUAGCAGCUGGAAGACUUGUUGUAGAAGAUGGAGUGCUUAAGACUAUCUCAGCAUAUAGUGGACAUUACCGUCCAACAGAAGAUAUUCUUGACAGCUUCCUAUCUUUUCUCGAGGACAAUGGAGUUGACCUUGAUAAAGUUCAGAUAUACUCUGCUACUGAGGACUACGAAAAUUAUGAUGACCGUAAAUCAUCUCAUGAGAGUACAGUUGAAGUACCAAAAUUACUUGAACCUCCUGAACUUGAAAAUCCCAGUGAAGUUGAGAAAGAUCGACCAUUGAAACCAGAUGAAAUUAUUCAAAUUGAACCAAUAGAAGAUGAUGAGGCCCAAAAAAGUGGUAGUUAUAGAAGGACUUUAUCUGGUGGUCUCCAGAGUCCAAGAGCUGAUGUACCACAGACAGCAAUAUUGCAAAGGAUCAAUUCUAAGAAGGCAGCAAGUUCAUAUCAAUUGGGGCAUCAACUUUCAUUGAAAUGGUCGACAGGAGCAGGUCCAAGAAUUGGGUGCAUUGCAGAUUAUCCUCUGGAAUUAAGGGUACAAGCACGGGAAAUUGUGAGCCUCUCCCCUAGGUUUCUGUCCACCCCAUCAAGUUAUAACCAGUCUCGUCAUCUUGUUUCACAUAAAUCCUGUCCCAUAUCCAAUAUUUGUAAUGGUGAUAGGACCUCCGCCGCCUAGCCAAACUAUUAUACGUUUCCUUGCAUUCCUUAAUUUUGCUUCCUCUCGUUUUUUCGUUCUUAUUUUGGAAAGGUUAUAUCUGUUUUCUUACAACUUAGCAUUCCUUUCUUCUUCUUGAGAUGCUUUCAACCUUCACCCCAUUUAAAUUCCUUCUCUUUCUCUACCAUGGUAUGUAGAUUGACCCCUUUUACCUUUUCUGCUCCCUUUUAUUUUGUUUUUCUAUUUAUUAAAUUAAAUUUUGGAGGAAAUUGACUGGCUAAAAAGUCUCUCAUUUUGAAGUUCAUGGUGUUGAAGGAACAGAUGCUUUAAACAAAGCCCUACAAUUAAUGGUAUGAUCAAAUGUUUAUGCUACCCAUUAGUUCAUUUCUCCUCACCCUUCAUGAUGCUGUAAACAAAGCCCUGCAAUUAUUUGUGUGAUCAAAUAUUUUGCUUACCCAUUGGUUCAUUUUGUAUUCACUUUGAAGAAUACGAUCAAAGUAUUGGGAGCAUAUCCUUCAUCAACAUUUGAUUCGUUAAUCCGUGUACGACUUCAUGCACAUAUUAUCUCCAUGUCGAGUGCACCACCUGCUAUGGAGUUAUAUACCUUGUUCUUCAACUCAAUUCAGCUGCAUUCUGUUUCUUUCUU